GUGCACGGGUGUGUGAGGACAAGGACCAACAUUCACCAUGGUGAAGCUGGGUUGCAGCUUCUCCGGGAAGCCGGGCAAAGACCCUGGGGACCAGGACGGGGCUACCACGGACAGCGUCCCUCUGAUUAGCCCCCUGGAUGUCAGCCAGCUCCAGCCACCAUUCCCUGACCAGGUGGUUAUCAAGACACAGACGGAAUACCAGCUGUCCUCCCCGGACCAGCCAAAGAAGUUCCCCGACCUGGAGGCCCAGAAGCUGGCCUGUAACCACCCAGAGGAAGGGCGCAGGCUGCCCACAGCGCGGAUGAUCGCCUUUGCCAUGGCGCUCCUGGGCUGUGUCCUAAUCAUGUACAAGGCCAUCUGGUAUGACCAGUUCACCUGCCCGGACGGCUUCCUGCUUCGGCACAAGAUCUGCACCCCGCUGACCCUGGAGAUGUACUACACCGAGAUGGACCCCGAGCGCCACCGCAGCAUCCUGGCGGCCAUCGGGGCCUACCCGCUGAGCCGCAAGCACGGCACCGAGACGCCCUCGGCCUGGGGGGAGAGCNUUGGGGGGGCUCAGCCCGCCCCCGGCCGGCACCUGUGA